CUCUCAAACAUUUCUCUCCUCUUUUUCCCUUUCGUCUUUCUCUCUCUCCCUCUCUGAAGGCGCUAUUCAUUCCUUAUCGGCUAACGUUUUCACUUUCUUUUUCUUCCAAACACCAGAAGGCAGAGAAAAUUCUCGAGAAAAUCCGCCUCUCUCUGUAACUACAAUACAUGGAGGCGUGCCUUGAAACCCUAAAAAAAUACCACUAUCUAACGUAGCGGAUUUGAUUCUCAAACCGUAGACAUCAGCCGCUUUAUCACGGUUUCAUUUGAAAUCAGGUUAUUGCUGUCAGUUUUCUCAGGUUUUCACUCUCUCAGAACCGUAUGUUUUUAUACGGUUCAGAGCUUACAUUUCGUGAGCAGUUUCUAACGGUUCUCCUUCGAUCUUGAGAAUACCAGCGUUUGGUUGCGCGAGUAGUGGGGAAUUGGUGUUUCCUGCCGAUGCGUUUGGUUGGAAUUGUAAUUUCAUGCCUCCAGAACCACAGCCCUGGGAUCGGAAAGACUUCUUCAAAGAGAGGAAGCACCAUAACAAUAAUAACCACCACGACAGGACGGCGUCUGACUCCUUGCUAGGAGGUGGCGGCGGUCCCCUGACCAGAUGGAAAGAUUACUCCUCGUUCUCUUCUCACAGUCGAGAGCUCCCCCGCUGGGGAUCUGUCGACUCUCGCAGACCUACAGGUCAUGGUAAGCAGGGAGGUUGGUACUCAUUUGCAGAGGAUUCUUGUCAUGGUUAUGUGCCCUCUCGAGCCGGUGACAAGAUGAUGGAAGAUGAGAGCACCCGUUUGUCUGUUUCGAGUGGAGAUGGGAAGUAUGGCCGGAAUAGUAGGGAGAAUAAAGGUUCUUUUAAUCAGAAGGACGGGAAAGGGCAUUCAUGGGAAAUGAGCCAUGGGUCAUCCAGCAGCCCUGGGAGGCUACAAGACCUGAGUAAUGAUCAGAGGUCAGUUCAUGAUGUGAUAACAUAUCCAUCUCAUCCUCAAUCUAGCUUUGUAAACACAUGGGAUCACCUUCAGUUGAAAGAUCGGCAUGAAAAUAAAAUGGGUGGUGUCAAUGGGUUGGGCACAGGCCAAAGAUGUGAGAGAGAGAAUUCACUGGAUUGGAAGACAAUUAAGUGGACUCGUUCUGGAAGUUUGUCUUCCCGGGGUUUGGGGUUCAGCCAUUCGAGCAGCUCGAAGAGCCUGGGUGGUGUAGAUUCCAAUGAAGGGAAGGCUGAGUUACAGCCAAAAAAUGCAACUCCAGUCCAGUCUUCUUCAGGGGAUGCAGCAACCUAUCUGAUGUCUGCCACACCAUCCGAGGAGAUUACUUCAAGGAAGAAGCCACGUCUUGGAUGGGGUGAAGGAUUGGCAAAGUAUGAGAAAAAGAAAGUUGAAGGUCCUGAUGUGUGUGGGAACAAAGAUGGAGCUGUUGUUUUGACUAGUAACAUAGAACCUGCUCAUUCUCUCUCUUCAAACUUUGCUGAAAAAAGUCCUAGAGUUAUGGGCUUGUCAGACUGUGCAUCACCUGCAACUCCGUCUUCUGUGGCUUGCAGUUCUUCAUCAGGUGUAGAGGAGAAAGCAAAUAGCAAGGCAGUGAGUGUUGAUAAUGAUAACAGUAAUUUAUGUGGUUCACCCAGUAUUGGGUCGCAGAAUCAUCUUGAGGGAUUUUUAUUUAAUUUAGAGAAGUUGGAUGGCGUUUCAAUAUCUAAUUUAGGCGCUUCACUUGUGGAAUUGCUCCAUUCUGAUGAUCCUAGUUCUUUAGAUUCUAGUUUUGUUCAAUCUACUGCAAUGAAUAAGUUGCUUGUAUUGAAAGGUGAUAUUUUGAAGACCCUGGAGAUGACUGAGUCUGAAAUUGAUUCACUGGAAACUGAACUUAAGUCAUUAAAAUCUGAAUUGGGAAGAUGUCCUUAUCCUGCAACAUCCAGUUCUUUGUCAGCAGAGAACACAGAUAAUUUAAAAGAACAGGGGACUGCCUCCAAUUCAAUUGCACGACCUGCUCCUUUGCAAAUUGAUUCUUGUGGUGAAGCUUUGUUGGAUCAAAUGCUUGGUUGUAGUCAUGCCUUAGAAGAAGCUCAUGCUAAUGUUAAAGAUGAGGAUGCAGAUAGUCCUGGAACUGCUACUUCUAAAUUUGUUGAACUGUCAACCAAGGUGAAGUUAGAGUCUCCAUCUGACAUGGUUAAAAAUGGUUCUGUUAAGUCAGAAAAUGUUGAACUUAGAUACACACUGCCUAAGGAAGAGGUAACUGGUAGCUCCACUGGCAGGAAUGGCAUUACACUUACAGAGAAUGAAGCUGGUGCACUUGUUUCUGGCGAUUUGAGUCUAUAUGCUGAUGGAGAAAACUUGUGUGAUGUAAUUUUGGGUGACAAUAGAGAAUAUGCUAUUAGGGCUUCUGAAGUAUUUAAUAAGCUAUUGCCAAGAGAUCACUGUAAUGUUGAUGUUUGGGGAGUUGCCAAUGUCUUGCGUUGUCAGGACAACUCGUCAGCCAAAGAAAAGUUUGUAAAGAGGAAACAGUUUUUAAGGUUUAAGGAGAGAGUAUUGACUCUUAAGUUUAAAGCAUUUCAACAUCUUUGGAAGGAAGAUAUGCGCUUGCUUUCAAUAAGGAAAUAUCGUGUUAAGUCUCAAAAGAAAUAUGAAUUGAGCUUGAGGACAACCCAUAGUGGCUGUCAGAAGCACCGGUCUUCUAUACGCUCUCGAUUUUCUUCUCCUGCAACAGGAAACCUAAGCCUUGUUUCGACCACAGAGAUAAUUAAUUUCACUAGCAAACUGCUUUCAGAUUCCCAGAUCAAGGUUUAUAGGGAUUUUUUGAGGAUGCCUGCAUUGAUAUUGGACAAGAAGGAGAAGAUGGUGUCAAGGUUUAUCUCUAGUAAUGGACUGGUUGAAGAUCCAUGUGCUGUGGAGAAGGAAAGAGCUAUGAUCAAUCCCUGGACAGUGGAAGAGAGAGAAAUUUUCAUGAAUAAAUUAGCCACUUUUGGGAAAGAUUUCAGGAAAAUUGCAUCAUUUCUUGAUUAUAAGACGACUGCUGAUUGUGUUGAGUUCUACUAUAAGAACCACAAGUCUGAUUGUUUUGAGAAAAUAAAGAAAAGGCCUGAACAAAUGAAGCAGUGCUCUAAUACCUAUUUAAUUGCAUCAGGCAAAAAAUGGGAUCGGCAGAUGAAUGCAGCAUCCCUUGAUAUAUUGGGUGAAGCUUCUGAGAUGGCAGCUACAUUCCAAGCCAACAAUGCUCGUCAGAUUUGUUCUGUUAGAAUCUCUUUGGGAGGGCGUAGUGAUUCAAAAUUGUCUUUGGGUGAUGAUGGCAUGACAGAAAGGUCAAGCAGUUUUGAUGUGCAUGGGAAUGAGAGAGAAACUGCUGCUGCAGAUGUUUUAGCUGGAAUAUGUGGUUCCUUGUCGUCUGAGGCAAUGAGUUCUUGCAUCACAAGCUCUGUUGAUCCAGGGGAGGGCCAACGAGAGUGGAUGCACCAGAAAACGGAUUCUGUGAGGAGAUGGCAUUCAACAUCUGAUGUUUCUCAGAAUGCUGCUGAUGACACUUGCUCAGAUGACAGUUGUGGGGAAAUGGAUCCUGCUGAUUGGACAGAUGAGGAGAAAUCCAUCUUUAUACAGGCGGUGUCAUCCUAUGGUAAGGAUUUUGCCAUGAUCUCACGAUGUGUUAGAACAAGGUCCAAGGAUCAAUGCAAGGUUUUUUAUAGCAAGGCACGAAGGUGCCUUGGGCUGGAUUUGAUACAUACCGGAUGUGGAAUUGCAGGAACCACUGUAAGUGAUGAUGCCAAUGGUGGAGGGAGUGAUUGUGAAGAUGCAUGUGUCUUGGAGGCUAGCUCAGUCAUCUGCAGUGAUAAGGUGGACUCUCAAAUGAAUGACUUGCCAUCCUCUGGGGUUAACAAAAAUCAGGACCCAUCCUGUGCAGGACCCAUGAGCUUACAAACUGACCUGAAUAAAACAGAGGAUGACAAUGGGGUGAGACAUUUUGAUGAUCCCAGAUCCAAGGAUGUAGGUCCUUUGGUUUCUGAUGAAUGUAAGAUACUGCAUAGUCCAGAGGUAGUUUCUGAAUUUGAGAGAAGGAAAAUGGAUGAUGUUGAUAGGCAGUCCAAGUCACUGCAGGCCCAAAAACUUCCUGUCUUAUUGGUUGAGAAGGAAGGUGAAAAAGAUAAGUUGACAGAACAAGCUGUAUGUGUACCAGUACCAGCAAUGAUUAGAGAAGCCUUGAAAUCAUACCCGCCUGGUUUAAAUGCUGUAGUUGAGACAACUGAGGCUCCUGUUAAGGGAUUCCAAAAUGGUUUGGAAGAACAAAAUGAACAUAAUAAAACAUGCUCAGCUGAUAGUAGUGACAGAGAUAUGAUGCGAGGUUCAAAUGUUGGGAAUAUUUUUGAUCUGGCGAUAGAGACAAGUUCUUGUUCUGUUCCUCUGAAGUUGGAUAGUGGGGAUAAGCUUCCUGUAAUGUCAUUGCCACCGGAGAACUCUCUUGCUCCUGCAACUUCUGUGGCACAUGAUUCUGCUGCCAUUGAAUGCGAAAAAACUGCUAAACAAAAUAGAUUUUCUACCAAACUUGACUUUGAGGGGAAUAAAGAUAAGAAUGCUGAUAUAUCUGUUGGCAGUGAAGACUAUCACCAUAACCGUAUGGGGCAUUCCAUAGUGAACCAUGUUGAACACUCCCAGAUUCUCAAGAGGUACCUGUCGCAGAUUUCAGCAAAGAAAGGGAUGAAUGGUGAUAUUGGCUGCAGACAACUUUCUGAAGUUCAGGGCAUUUCUAAACCAGACAGGAGUAACAGUGUGCACGUGGCUCAGGGUUGCCACGUUCAGAAGGGUACUAGUUCUCUGUCUCAUGCAGCAGUUCCUGAGUUUCCUCUUGUGUUGCCAAACUUAGACCAAAAGAAUGAUCCACCAAGAAGCCAUUUGCUCGGGUUAACAGAAGUGGAUAGACCAUGCAAGAAUGGUGAUGUUAAAUUAUUUGGUAAGAUUCUUAGUCAUCCCUCAUCUUCACAAAAGCCAAAUUCCUGUAGUCAUGAGACUGAAGAAAAGGGGACUCAUCAUCACAAACAGAGCUGCAAGGUAUCAAAUAUGAAAUUAACUGCUCCUCGCCCAGCUGAGAUGUUGAAGUUUGAUUGUAAUAACUAUCCAGGUCUUGAGAAUGUUCCUCUGGGGAGUUACAGAUUUUGGGACGGGAACAGAAUACAAACUGGCUGUUCAUCUUUGCCUGAUUCGGCUGUUUUACUGGCCAAGUAUCCAGCAGCCUUGGGCAAUUAUCCUGCUGCCUGCUCAUCCAAACUGGAGCAGCAGGCUUUGCAAGUCAAGAGUAGUGAGUGCAAUAUGAAUGGUGUAGCAGUUCUUCCUCCAAGGGAAAUUAGCAGCAGUAGUAAUGGAGUAGUGGACUAUCAGGUGUAUAGGAGUCGUGAUAAUAGUAAAGUACAGCCAUUUACCGUAGAUGUAAAGCAGAGGCAGGACUUGUUAUUCUCUGAGAUGCAGAGACGAAAUGGAUUUGAAGGUCUCCCGACUCUUCCACAGACAGGACGAGGGAUGGUUGCGUUGAAUGUUGUAAGAAGAGGAGGGAUACUGGUAGGUGGACCAUGCCAAGGUGUUUCAGACCCAACGGCAGCCAUUAAAAUGCACUAUGCUAAAGCUGAUCAGUAUGCUGGGCAGAGUGGGACCAUUAUUCGGGAGGAAGAAUCUUGGAGAAGCAAUGGGGACUUAGGAAGGUAGUAGUUGUUCUUUGAGGGCUCCGGAAAGAAGCCCUCUGCGGCAAAUGAUCUUUGCUGCACCUUGUAUAAUAGUUUUUGUAUCGUUCAAUGAAAAUGAUAGGGCAGUUGACAGUUUCUCA